CUAAACGUUUGUAAGCAGGAGAGCUAGAUGCUAACAGAUGCCAGAUGCUAACAGAAGUUGGAAGUAGCUCGCUCAGGGAAGUGUUGGACCGAGCGGGAGCUCCGUCACUCUGAAGAGGGAGAAGACAGGAACAUUUGGAAGGAGAGAAGGAAGGAAGAACAAUGUGUGCACAGAAGGAAGACGUGGAAAACUUCCUGAAGGAAAACCCUUCAUUUGCUAAACAGUACUUUGCUAAGAAGAUGAGCCCUGCCUCCAUGUCGAAGGUGUCAGGACUCCCAGACACACAGAUUGACUUCAGCCAGUUCCAGGAGCUCGCUCAGGUUGAAGAAAGCAAAAUCAUGUAUGACCUGAUCAAAGACAUGCAGGAGAACAUCAACGUGGAAAAGGUUGUGUUCAAGAUCCUGAAGAGAGUCACUGCACUCAUCCACGCCGACCGCUGCAGCUUGUUCAUGUACCGGCAGAGGAACGGCAUCGGGGAGCUGGCCACAAGGCUGUUCAAUGUCAGCACAGAGGCACAGUUUGAUGACUGUGUGGUGCCACCGGACUCUGAGAUCUUCUAUCCGAUGGACAUGGGAAUAAUCGGACAUGUGGCCCUGACCAAGAAGACUGUUAAUGUGAAAGAUGUCACAGAGAGCCCCCACUUCAGCUCAUUUGUCGACGACCUCACAGAAUAUAAGACCCAGACCAUUCUGGCUUCGCCCAUCCUCAACGGCAAAGACUUGGUGGCUGUGAUCAUGGUUCUAAACAAGACCACUGGACCACACUUCACUGCUGAGGAUGAAGAUCUUUUUUCAAAGUUUCUGAAAAUUGCAACUUUGAACUUGAAGAUCUACCACCUCAGUUACCUCCACAACUGUGAGACUCGUAAAGGACAGCUGCUGCUGUGGUCUGCCAACAAGGUGUUUGAAGAGCUGACAGACAUUGAGCGACAGUUUCACAAGGCCUUGUACACAGUCCGAGCCUACCUCAACUGCGACCGCUACUCUGUCGGUUUACUAGACAUGACGAAGGAGAAGGAGUUCUUUGAUAUCUGGCCUGUGUUGAUGGGAGAGCAGGCCCCGUACUCUGGUCCUGUCACUCCUGAUGGCAGGGAGAUCAUUUUCUACAAAGUCAUUGACUAUAUACUACACGGAAAAGAAGACAUCAAAGUAAUACCAAAUCCGACUCCAGAUCAUUGGGCCUUGAUUAGCGGCCUGCCUACUUAUGUUGCUGAGAGCGGUUUUAUUUGUAACAUUAUGAAUACAGCUGCUGACGAGAUGUUCAAGUUUCAAACUGAGCCACUCGACAGCAGUGGUUGGACCAUAAAAAAUGUCCUCUCGCUGCCGAUCGUCAACAAAAAAGAAGAGAUAGUUGGUGUGGCCACUUUUUACAACAGAAAAGACGGAAAACCUUUUGAUGAUCAGGAUGAACAGCUCAUGGAGGCUUUGACCCAGUUCCUGGGCUGGUCUGUUUUAAACCCGGACACUUACGACAAGAUGAACAAGCUGGAGAAUAGGAAAGACAUUGCUCAAGACAUGGUGCUCUACCACAUCAAAUGCCGGGAUGAUGAGAUUCAGGAUGUCCUGAACACCAGAGAAGUGUACGGCCGUGAACCCAGAGACUGUGAAGAGGAGGAGCUCCUGGAUAUCCUGAAAAAAGACCUACCUCCUCUCAUAAAAAAGUUUGAGAUCUACGAGUUCCACUUUUCGGAUUUUAACUGCACAGAGAUGGAGCUGGUGAAGUGCGGGGUGCAGAUGUACUAUGAGGUCGGGGUUGUCAAGAAGUUCCAGGUCCCUCAAGAGGCGCUGGUUCGGUUCAUGUACUCGCUCAGUAAAGGCUACAGAAAAAUCACCUACCACAACUGGCGUCACGGCUUCAAUGUGGGCCAGACCAUGUUUACACUCUUAACGACGGGAUUGCUAAAGCGGUACUACACUGACUUGGAGGUGAUGGCCAUGAUAACGGCAGGCUUCCUCCAUGAUCUUGAUCACAGAGGGACCAACAACUUGUACCAAGUCAAAUCUGGCAACCCUAUGGCUAAACUCCAUGGCUCCUCCAUCCUGGAACGACACCAUCUAGAGAUGGGAAAGUUUCUCUUGGCUGACGAGUCACUGAAUAUCUACCAGAACCUUAACAGGCGCCAGGUUGAGCAUGUGAUUCAUCUAACAGACAUCGCCAUCAUUGCCACUGACCUGGCUCUUUAUUUCAAGAAAAGAACAAUGUUUCAGAAGAUUGUGGAUCUUUCCCACACAUACGAGGAUGAAAAGAAGUGGGUCGACUUCAUGUCCCUUGAAACAACCAGAAAAGAAAUUGUCAUGGCAAUGAUGAUGACCGCAUGUGACUUGUCAGCCAUCGCCAAGCCUUGGGAGGUACAGAGCAGGGUUGCCUUGUCUGUAGCAGCAGAGUUUUGGGAGCAGGGUGACUUGGAGAGGACAGUCCUUGAGCAGCAACCUAUUCCCAUGAUGGACAGGAACAAGUCAGCAGACCUUCCAAAGAUGCAGUGUGGCUUCAUUGACUUUGUCUGCACUUUUGUCUAUAAGGAGUUUUACCGCUUCCACCCACAAAUCAAGCCCAUGCUGGACGGCAUCCUGAAUAACAGGAAGGAGUGGAAUGCUAGAAAAGAGGUGUAUGAGGCAUCACUCAAAGCCAUAGAGGACGAGAAGGCAGCUAAAGAGACCAGUAAAGCUCCUCAAAACCCCAGUGAAGGCUCCAAGACUUGCUCAAUGUGCUAAAAGGUCGGAAAGCUUCUCAUGGCUGACUUCAGUCUUACUGACCAGGAAAACAUGAAAUAAAGACGGAAACUAGAGUAAAUGCAAAUAGUAGAAGUAUUUUUUCAGACAAACUGGUUGAAUCGAAAGAAGGAACAACGUUUAUCUUUAAGGAACACUUUACAUUUUUUUUAUUGAAGACUCUUGGAAAAAACCCAGAAAUAGUCAUGACUAAGAUAUGGAUCAAGGGUGAUUUUUGAAUCUCAGGUUAUCACCCACUCAUCCCCAUAUAGUAUCAGCUUCCUUAAAUGUUAAGGAUUAUUGUUAGUUCAGAUGGUGCAGAUAUGGUUAUGGAUGCUUGUUUGUUUGCUGUGGGACAAACAUUUCUUUCCAGAGUUUAUUUGAAGUUAUGCAAUACUGAAAAAAGAUGUAUGUUAAUCUGUGUUGUAAAUGAUGCCCAUGUACAAUAAUAUGUAACACAUUAUACAAUUCUUUAAUGCAAAGUCCAAGGCACAGCAGAUGGUAUAUCUUGUUUGGAGCUGUUUUCAAACAAACUGUAAAUUGUACAUACAUAUGAUAUUCAUUUAGGGGUUCAGAAUGCACAUUUUAGAAAAUGAGUACAUAGAUAUAUAGUUGAACUACUGUACUGUACAUAUAUUUUAAAAUGAUCAUUUCAUGUUCACUCCUUCCAGUCACUUACCAUUUACAAAUUAGUGUUGUUUACCUUGAUUGCAGAGAGCCAAAUGUAGAUGAAUAAAAUAUAUAUAUUUUUAGUUACGUUUACUAGCGUGCAUUUAUCAAAUACAAGUUUAUGCAGUGGAUAUACGCAUACAACAUAUAUACGUAGAAUUACUGGCUGGUCAGUAUUGUAAAGCUUGCCUCUUCACAUAUACACUGAUGACACAA